AUGGCCGGCGGGGUCUGCCCCGGCCGCCUGGCGCCGGUGCUGCUGCUCGCCCUGCUCUGGCCGGGCCGCGCCGCGGCGGAGAACUGUGUAUGCAAAGGUAAAAGCCCCUGCUUUUGUGAUAGCACAAAAGGUAGUAAGGGUGAAAAAGGCUUUCCUGGUGUUCCUGGUCCACCUGGUCAAAGAGGCUUUCCUGGUCCAGAAGGGCCUCCAGGGCCACAGGGACCAAAGGGUUCUCCAGGGCUUACAGGCUUAGUUGGACCCAAAGGUAUCCGAGGAGUCCCAGGAAUACCCGGAUUUUCAGGUCCUCCAGGCCUUCCUGGUGAACCAGGAACUGCUGGUCCUCCUGGGCUCCCAGGUGUUCCAGGAUGCAAUGGCACAAAGGGUGACCAAGGAUUUCCAGGUCCUCCAGGUCGAAGAGGAGCUCCAGGCCUUCCAGGAGUUGCUGGUAUGAAAGGAGAGAAGGGGUACCCUGCAGAGGGAUAUAGCCAAGAGUAUGGUGCAAAAGGUGAUCCUGGAUUACCAGGAAUGCCUGGUCUCCAGGGUGCCCAGGGUGCUCAAGGAUAUCCUGGGGAACUUGGACCACAGGGCCCUCCAGGACCUUUAGGCAUGCCAGGGAAACCAGGACCUCCUGGACCUAAGGGUCUUAUGGGAUUGAAAGUAAUAGGAGCCAAAGGAAGGAAGGGUGACACUGGGUUAACUGGACCCCCUGGACCCCCAGGAACUGUCAUUGUGACGUUAACUGGACCAGACAACAUGACGGACUUAAAAGGAGAAAAAGGAGAAAAAGGAUCAAGAGGACUCCCAGGGCCAAUGGGGUUUACAGGGCCAGUUGGUGAUUCCCAAAGUGAAAAGGGUGACCGAGGAGAACCAGGAGCACAGGGGAAGCCUGGAAAAGAAGGUGCCCCAGGUCCACCUGGCUUACCGGGACAAAAGGGUGAACAGGGCAAGCCAGGACUGGCUGGAAGGCAAGGAGCCAAGGGGAUGAAAGGAAACCCUGGUCCACCUGGAGCUUGUGGUCGAACGGAGUAUUACGAUUAUGUGGUUGGUGAAAAAGGGGAUCAGGGACCCCCUGGACCUCCAGGACCAAAAGGUCAACGUGGCAUGCCUGGGCCACAGGGUCCUCCUGGAGAUGCUGGCAGACCAGGUGUGUCAAGACCUGGUAUGAGAGGUCCCCCAGGAUUUCCUGGCCCAAAGGGAACAAAAGGAGAGAGAGGACAAAGUGGCUUAUGUAUAGUAGGCCCUCCAGGACUGCCUGGUGUUACUGGCAGGCCUGGUUCUGCUGGAUUGCCAGGUCCUCCAGGAGAACCAGGUAGAGUAACAUUUGGAACUGGCCUGCCAGGACUUCCUGGAGAGCCAGGGUGUACAGGACCUCCAGGACCUCCAGGAGAUACUGGCAUGAGAGGUGAUGAUGCUCGUGUGUGUACUGAUUGUAGCUACAUUCCGGGAAUGCCUGGUCUUCCUGGUUCUCCUGGGCCUCGUGGUCAGGAUGGCAUGCCUGGUAGAGAUGGAACAACAGGUCCAAAAGGUUCUCCAGGUUCUCCAGGAACACCAGGGCUUCCAGGGGCUCAAGGACCUCCAGGUUUUAGAGGAGAUCAAGGACGUAAAGGAUCAAAAGGUGAACCAAGAUAUGUACGUCCAGAAGGGCCAAAAGGUGAGCAAGGUGAUCCAGGAGCCAGGGGAGAAAAAGGAAGAAGAGGUUCAAGUGGAUUUCUGGGAAGACCUGGCUCUAAAGGAUCCAAAGGUUCUAAAGGUGAAGAGGGAUUGGCUGGAUCAAAAGGAGAUAGAGGACUACCUGGAUUACCUGGUAGACUUGGGCUUCCUGGAGAAAUGGGGCUUCCUGGACUGGCAGGUUAUGGACCACAAGGAGUAAAAGGUUUUAAAGGCUCUAAAGGAAUACCUGGACCACCUGGAUUACCUGGAGAAGCAGGUCUGAAAGGAGAGACCAGUAGGGCAACUCCACUACCUGCAUUGCCAGGACCUCAGGGACCACAUGGUCUACCCGGACCUCCAGGAGUGCCUGGUAGGGUUGGAGCAAGAGGUCAGCCAGGUGAUCCAGGACAUUCAGGACCAACAGGUGACACAGGCUUUCCAGGGCUUGGGUUUCCUGGGAACCCAGGUCCAAAAGGAGAUAAAGGACUUGCAGGAGGCAGGGGGCCACCAGGUUGUGAAGGAAAGAUUGGAGAUCCAGGCCGAGCUGGAAACCUAGGACAACCAGGACAAAAGGGUGAGCCAGGCAUGAUAAUUCCUGGAGAGCCAGGAAGAAUGGGUCCACCAGGAGGUCUUGGCAGUCCUGGCUCAAAAGGUGAAGGUGGACUUCCAGGACUCCCAGGCCUACCAGGGCAUCCUGGGCAUGAUGGUGAUGAUGGCCUAAGAGGAGAUCGUGGCUCACCUGGAGCUCCUGGAGACCCGGGUUUUCCAGGGAAACCUGCUGAAUGUCUCAUUGGCCUGCCAGGUUUGCCAGGUGGCCAGGGAGCUACAGGCCCACCAGGAGGAAGAGGUUUACAAGGCUCAAAAGGAAACCCAGGUGCUCCUGGUUUGAGUAUCCCAGGAACCUACGGAAAGCCUGGGGAACCUGGAUUGAUAGGUCUUCAGGGAAAUACGGGAUUACCUGGUCCCAAGGGGCAAUCUGGAAGGCCAGGAAUCUCUGGUUUGCCAGGUGCAAGGGGAGAUCCAGGUGUAAUGGGACGGUUAGGAAUUCCUGGACCCCCUGGCAUGGUUGGAAGACCAGGCAGCCCCGGUACCCAAGGUUCUCCUGGCUUCCCAGGAAUAAAAGGAAGAAAAGGAUUUCUUGGAGAAAAAGGUGAAUCAGGUGAUAAAGGUUUUCCUGGACCAUCUGAGACCUUGGUUGGUAUUGGAGACAAAGGAGAACGAGGUUUUAAAGGGGUUCAAGGCCAAAUGGGUGUAAGGGGAGAAAAAGGAGAUGUUGGUGUGCAAGGUCCACCAGGUGCUGAUGGGUCUGAAGGAAUGCCUGGUCGGCCAGGAGCCAAGGGAUUUAUGGGUCUUCCAGGGAUUCCUGGAAGACAAGGAUUCCCAGGUGCACUUGGAGACAAAGGGGACAUGGGAAUUCCAGGUCCAAAAGGCCAGAAAGGAUCUCCAGGCUUUCCAGGACCAUCAGGUGACCCUGGUCCACCAGGCUAUAGUGGCCUUCCAGGUGACAAAGGAGAUCCUGGGUACCCGUCUGCUGGGCCUCCAGGAGGACCUGGUCCAAAGGGAGAUCCAGGCCCCCCAGGAGUUUUUGGCCGCAAAGGAGAGAAGGGCUCCCAGGGCCCUCCAGGGCUUACGGGAGUACCAGGACCACAUGGGAUCAGAGGGGAAACUGGAGGUGCAGGAAUCCCAGGGCAGUGUGGACCCCCUGGAGAUCCUGGUGUUAAAGGGUGCCAGGGCCGCCCAGGACAGCAGGGAGUCCCAGGCCCUCCUGGUGCUGUUGGAGUCCCUGGAAAACCUGGGCUUGUUGGUGAAAGGGGUACUCAAGGUCAGGAUGGUAUGCCUGGUCCCCCAGGAGUAAAGGGAGAACCAGGACCAUCAGGGAGAGGGAUCCCUGGUUUUCCAGGUAUUCCUGGGCGUAGAGGAAUCAAAGGGGACAUGGGACUGCCUGGUUUUCCUGGGCCUCCAGGUAUGAAAGGUCAUCAGGGAGAUCAAGGACCCAUUGGACCUCCUGGCUUAGUGGGGUUACCUGGAUUUCAAGGUGCCACAGGCAUGGCAAUCACUGGCCAGAAAGGGAACAGAGGUAUUCCUGGUGCACAUGGAAGACCAGGUGCUCCUGGUUUUCCAGGCCUUCCUGGUCUUUCCACUCUCAGCGUGAAAGGAAGCAAAGGUGUCCGAGGGGCGGAUGGAAUUCCAGGGCCAAGGGGCCCAGCUGGUGACAUUGGCCCUCCUGGUCCCAAAGGAAUAGAAGGUCGAUCAGGCUAUCCUGGUGCUAGAGGGCACCCUGGAUUUCUUGGAUUCCCAGGUGUAAAAGGAGAAAAGGGUAAUCAAGGACCCCCAGGACCACAAGGUGCAGAAGGGCCAAGGGGUCCAAAGGGCCAGCAAGGCCCACCUGGAUUCCCUGGAAAAAUGUUCUCCAUCCCAGGAAGCAAGGGUCCUGCAGGACUGCCAGGAAUCCCAGGAACACCAGGUGAUCAAGGAAUUCAAGGGAUUCCUGGACUACAAGGACCCAAAGGAGUAAAAGGUCUACCAGGACGUUUUGGUCAUCCAGGGCAUCCAGGAUUGCCUGGUCCAAAAGGAGACAGGGGAUUUCCAGGACAAAGAGGACAACCUGGAUUGAUUGGCUUUCCAGGUCUGCAGGGCUUACCUGGAUCACCAGGUACUACCACUGCUGGUCCAACAAGAAAAGGAUUUAUCUUUACCCGGCACAGUCAGACAACAAAGAUUCCUUCGUGCCCGCAUGGAACAUCCCAGAUCUAUGUUGGCUAUUCACUGCUUUUUGUACAAGGAAACGAACGAGCACAUGGACAAGAUCUUGGAACAGCUGGUAGCUGCUUGCAGAGGUUCAGCACCAUGCCAUUCUUGUUCUGCAGCACCAAUGAUGUUUGUAGCUUUGCUUCUCGCAAUGACUACUCCUACUGGCUGUCCACUGCAGUGGUGAUGCCACCAGACAUGGCACCCAUUUCUGGCAGGGCACUAGAGCCCCAGAUAAGCAGGUGUGUUGUCUGUGAAGGAGCUGCAAUGGUAAUAGCAGUUCACAGCCAAACAACUGUAGUUCCUUCAUGUCCAGAUGGCUGGAUGUCUCUCUGGAAGGGCUUUUCUUUUGUCAUGUACACAAGUGCCGGUUCAGAAGCUUCUGGCCAAGCAUUGGCAUCUCCUGGAUCUUGUCUGGAAGAAUUUCGGGCCGUCCCAUUCAUAGAGUGCCAUGGCAGGGGGACAUGCAACUACUACACAAAUUCCUACAGUUUCUGGUUGGCAUCAUUAAAUCCAAGAAGAAUGUUCAGGAGACCUGUGCCACAGACUUUGAAAGCAGGACAGCUAGAGAAUAUCAUCAGUCGUUGUCAGGUCUGCAUGAAGAGACCAAUCUAACUGGUGGCCACUCUUCACAGAACAUGAAACUGAUUUAUUACAAAGAAUUGCCUAACUCUGAAGAGCUAUAAUUUAUUGAAAUCCUGCUGCAUCUGGAAAGAAAUUAUAAAUUGCCAGUGCAGCACUGUGGUGUGAGGUAGGACAAGAGUUUGACUUUUGUCUAUGGCAAAUGACAAAGCACUUUGUUGGAGGAAUCUUAUAAUGGCAUCUGCAGGGGCAUCUGCUGAACCUUGUUAUUUCUGAGCUGCAUCUUCACCAUAAAACUACAGCAUCACCAGAUUUUUAAUGAAAGAUGUCAAUGCUGCCUUGUGUCAUGUGCUUUUCAAACAGCAAGACAAACUAAACGCUCCUGUAUCAGCUUACCUAUGUUCAGUGUUUUAAGCAGAUAUCAUUUAAGGUGACAGUCUGGCACUUAAGAGAGGUAGGGUUCAAUAGGAAAUAUUUUCAGUGCACUUUCAGCUAUAUAAUGAUUCAUUAGGAGUUGUUUUGGUUUGGUUUUCUUGUCUAAUAAACAAGUAUCUCCUCAUGUAUCUCACCCUUCCUCUGUCUGGCAAACAGGAAUACAAAGGUUUUUGUAUCACUGUGAUGAUAAUGGUGCUUGACUGGCCAGAGAGGGAGCGACAGCAGGCACUGGGCAGGCAAGACAGUGGUGACAGCACUGGCUGCGUGCUCCAGAGUGACUGUGGCUAAGGGCUGGCUGAAGAAAGUGUUGGGAAGUUUUCUUUAGAUUCCAUGGCUAUCGACAUCGAUCAUGCGAUCUUUGAGUUCUUCAAAUUUGGCAGGAUUGGGCCUCUAUUAUGAUCACAUGCUCUCUGAAGAAACACAUGUCUCUCCUGAAGAAAAAACUAUUUACCAAGUAAUUUGGGAUUUUGUUAGAAUUAGCAAUUACUGUAUGGCUCAAGGGCUCCCAUGGCAUUAUCAGGUUAUCACACACCCAUCAGGAUGUGAUUCCCAACAAAAUCUAUAAUACUUCCAUUUUACAGUAUUUCAUAUUUACACAAUAUUUAAACAAAUUGUAUUCUGUA